UGGUGGACAGCUCCCGUAACAAGUGAACGUCGCGGGUCGCUCGCGAAGUCCGUUUGACGUUAUCUUACCGCUGAACGUCGGUAAUAUUUAAAAGAUGGAUAUUCGGCGUAUUUCCAAAGUUGGCUUGUAAACCACAAAGUGCACAGCUACUUUUAUCAUUGUCCGCCGAGUUUGAGAUUUUUUCCCUUUUUUAUUAUUUGGAGUCGACUUUGGUCUGCUCAGCGCCCAUGAAUUGAAUUUACCUCACUGUACUGAAGAAGGAUCUGGCUGAUUGUCGGACGGAGACUCUCAGAUAGCCGUAAACAUGGAGAAUAUAGUUGGAUUAAUUUGGCUGCGAAGACUUCUGCUCUUCUGCGUGUGGUUUUCCUUUCUCAGCUUUGACGGUAAAUCCUACGGCUCGGUGGCACCGCGGGGCUUCGCGGACCUGCGCUUUGUGCUGGAGCCUGCUGACACCGCCGUGGCCCGGGGAGGGCUGCUGCAGCUGGACUGUCAGGCUCGCUCGGCCCAAGGAGUGCCCCUAGUGGCUUGGAGGAAGGACGGCGUGCUGCUGAGCGCGCUGGUGGACGAGCGGAGGCAGCAGCUGGCCAACGGAUCGCUGGUGGUCCGUGAUGUGGUCCACUCGCGUCACCACCAGCCCGAUCAGGGUGGGUACCAGUGCCUGGCGUCGCUGGAGGGCGUCGGGGCCAUAGUCAGCCGCAUCGCAAAGGUCACAGUCACAGGGCCUCUGCGGGUGGCGGUCGCCAUGGCGUCGGUGACUGCGUAUGUGGGCGACACAGCACUGCUGCGCUGCGAGAUGCUGGGUGAGCCGGCUCCAGUAGUGCGCUGGCAGAAGGACCGGCGAGACGUGCCGCUGGACCCCGGGGGCCGCAUGGUGGCCCUGCCUUCCGGCACGCUGCAGUUUCGCGGUGUCCGUCCCUCCGAUGCUGCUGCCUACCGCUGCCUGGCCCAGACCCCUGGAGAUGCCCGCACAGGCACAGACACCACGCUGAGAGUCAUUCCAGAGCCCGGUGUGCCUCGCGCUGUCGGCUUCUUGCAGCGACCCACCGAAUCCAUAGUCCUGGAGGGCAGCGAUGCAGUUCUGGAAUGUUCUGCCUCUGGCUUCCCUACGCCAGCCUUCCUCUGGACUAGGACUGACAGCCCAAUUGACACCAGGUCGGAGCGGUACUCCCUGCUGGGAGGGAGCAACCUAUUGAUCCGGAGUGUCCGCGCAGAAGAUUCCGGUUCCUACAGCUGCAUGGCCCACAACGAGAACCAGAACAUCAGCGCAUCGUGCGACCUUUCGGUGCUGGUGCCACCGCGCUUCCUCACUGCCCCCGCCAAUCUGUACGCCUACGAGACGAUGGACAUCGAAAUGCAGUGCGAUGUGAUGGGGAGCCCGGCGCCCACCGUGCGAUGGGCCAAGAACGGGGAGAUGGUGGUGCCCAGUGACUACUUCAAGAUCGUUGGUGGGGGCAACUUACAGAUCCUCGGUCUGGUGAAGUCGGACGAGGGAUUUUACCAAUGCAUGGCAGAGAAUGCAGCGGGGAACAUCCAGGCCGCUGCUCAGCUUAUCCUUCUGGAGCCAGUUGUCCCGAGCUCCAGCGCCCUCCCCUCCGCUCCCUGUGACCUGGCCCCUGUCCUAGUGUCUAGCCGCUCCAUUCGGCUCAGCUGGCGCCCCCCAGUGGAGACUCAUGGGAAUAUCCAGACUUACACCGUCUACUACUCAGAGGAGGGUGUGAACAGGGAGCGAUCGGUAAACACCUCACAGGCCUGGCUGCAGGUCACCUUGGAUGGCCUGAAGCCUGAGCAGGCAUACGUUUUCAGGGUGGUUGCUUACAACGGCCAGGGCCCGGGGGCCAGCUCCCCACCUGUCACUGUCACUACGAAACCAUACGCACAAGUUCCGGGGCCUGUGGAGAAUGCCUGGUCUGAGGCCCUGUCCUCCACCUCCGCCCAGGCCUCUUGGGAAGCCCCAGCGUUCACUGAGAGCCCAGUGCUUGGCUACAAGGUUUUCUGGACCGAGACUGGCACAGGCAAGGAGCAGAGCGCGGAGGUGGCCAGCCGGAGCUACCGGAUCGGCGACCUGAGAAAGUUUACGGAGUACGCGAUCCGCAUCCUGGCCUACAACCAUCACGGCCUGGGAGAGUCUGCCGGGGAUCUGAUGGUGACCACGAUGUCUGAUGUGCCAAGCUCUGCUCCACAAAAUGUCUCCUUAGAGGUCGUGAACUCCAGAAGCAUCAAAAUGAACUGGUUGCCACCUCAGGCAGAGUCCCAGAACGGCUUCAUCACUGGCUACAGCAUCCGCCACAGGAAGAUAGGUCGCCGUGGUGACCAAGAGACUAUCGAGCCCAAUAAUCUCUGGUACCUGUUUACAGGACUAGAUAGGUCCAGCCAGUACAGUUUCCAGGUGUCGGCCAUGACAGUCAAUGGGUCAGGGCCACCCAGCGAGUGGCAUACGGCUGAAACACCGGAAAACGACCUGGACGAGUCCCAGGUUCCGGACCAGCCCAGCUCGUUGCAUGUACGUCCCCUAGCAACCAGCAUCAUCAUGAGCUGGACUCCGCCCCUUAGCCACAGCAUCGUGGUUCGGGGUUACAUCAUUGGCUAUGGAGUAGGCAGCCCAUACGCUGAGACUGUGCGGGUGGACAGCAAGCAGCGCUAUUACUCCAUCGACAACCUGGAGCCCAGCUCCCACUAUGUCAUCUCACUCAAGUCCUUCAACAACGCAGGGGAAGGCGUCCCCCUCUACGAGAGCGCCGUCACACGGGCUGCCACAGAUCCCUCUGACCCGUCGGACGAGGACCUGUUCCACCUGUUUGACUCGUUCCCCACUCCCGUCCCAGAAUCCUCCACUCCCAUGAUCCCUCCGGUAGGUGUGCAGGCUGUGCCACUGACCUCAGACUCAGUGCGCGUCAGCUGGGCCGACAACUCUGUGUCCAAGCACCAGAAGUCCAGCGAGCAGUGCUUCUACACAGUGAAGUGGAUGGCCAGCCAUUCCACCAGCGGAAAAUACAAGACCACAGAUACGACUGCCCUUAGUCACACUAUCUCGGGACUGAAGCCCAACACGAUGUACGAGUUUGCCGUCAUGGUAACGAAAGGUCGAAAGUCUAGCACAUGGAGUAUGACUGCACACGCCACCACCUAUGAAACAGCACCCAGCUCCGCCCCCAAGGACCUGACAGUCAUCAGUCGUGAGGGGAAGCCUCGGGCUGUGCUAAUCAGCUGGCAGCCUCCCACAGAGGCCAAUGGCAAGAUCACAGGGUACAUCCUGUUCUACACGCUGGACCGAAACGCGCCCAUCGACGCCUGGCUGAUGGAGCCCAUUGGCUCGGACCGCCUCACCCACCAGGUGUCUGAGCUGAGCCCGGACACAGUGUACUACUUCCGGAUCCAGGCCAAGAAUAGCCGUGGCGUGGGCCCCCUGUCUGACCCGGUCCUCUUCCGGACCCCCCGAGUAGAGCAUCCAGACAAAAUGGCCAAUGACCAAGGUCGCCACGGUGACAGCAGCUACUGGCCGUCUGACACCCAUCUGAUUGACAGCAGCAGUCUGAACGACUCCCCCAUUGGACACAUGCAUCCGCCCCAGAAAAAUGGCAGCUUGCUGGUGGUGGUGGUGGUGUCAGUGGGCGCAGUGGCCAUUGUUGUCGUCAUCAUUGUGGCCUUCAUUUGCACUCGACGCUCUUCUGCCCAGCAAAGAAAGAAGCGGGCGUCCCACGGUGUGGGGAAGAGGAAAGGCAGCCAGAGGGACUUACGCCCCCCUGACCUCUGGAUCCAUCACGAGGAGAUGGAGCUAAAGAGUAUGGAGAAGCCCUCAGGUCCCGCCCCCUCGGCGUGUGAUUCGCCCAUGCAAAGUCGCCAGGAAAUCCCACCUGUCAGCCACAGCCUAUCAGAGAGCCAGAUGGGAAGCAAGAGUAGCCACUCAGGAGCAGAUGGAGAUGAAGCUUCGAGCAGCAUGGCCACUUUAGAGCGCCCCCUGGCAAACCGGAGGGCUACCCGCACCAAGCUGAUGAUGCCCAUGGAGUCCCAGCCCAGCAACCCCACUGUUGUCAGUGCCAUCCCAGUGCCAACUCUGGAGAGUGCCCAGUACCCCGGGGUCUUGCCAUCACCUUCCUGUGGCUACCCUCACCCACCGCUGUCCCUGAGACCAAUGCCCUUCCCUUCUCUCACCGUGGAGCGAGGCUACACGCCAGCGAUGGCAGUCGAGGGCCCUGCCCCCCCCACCCCGCACGUCCAGCUCACCCAGCAGCCGACGGUCAUCACCAACUCGCCCCCUGAGCGAGGGGCCGGAGAGGAAAACGCCAGUCGCAGCAUUCCCACCGCCUGCGUGCGACCCACCCACCCCCUACGCAGUUUCGCCGGCACGCCCCUCAUGCCCCCUACCAGUGAACUCGAACCCAGAGUUCAUUAUUUGCCACUGCUGAGCUAUCCCUCUGCCAGUCUGCCCAAAGCACAGGUGAAGACAGCGUCUCUGGGGCAAGCUGGAAAAGCAAGGUCCCCCCUUCUGCCUGUGUCUGUGCCCACCGCUCCGGAGGUGGUUGAGGAGGGGCAAAAACCACCAGAGGACCCGGCCAGUGUGUACGAGCAAGACGACUUGAGCGAGCAAAUGGCAAGUCUGGAAGGACUGAUGAAGCAGCUGAAUGCCAUCACCGGCUCUGCUUUCUAACCUGGGCUGGCCGGGCAGGCCUCUGGGUCAGGGCCACCCAUGACCCUCGUAACCCCUGUGACUCUGUGACCCUUGAGUAUAUAGGGGACAUUGGCCCAGUGUCACUAUCCCAGGAACAGUUCUGAAGGUGCCUGGACCCAACCCAAGCAACCGUGUCAACUGGACUUACUUCCACCUCAACACUAUUUAUUUGUGUCACCCCAGGGCGCACAGGGGUGUCGGGCACCUCCGGCUCCUGUCCACACUGCUGCUCUGAAUGCUACUUGGAGCCCCAUGAUUGGAGUGCUGACUGAUCACCUCUCACAGAAGCUCAACCCAUCAUUUCUGACCACAUCUGCUAAACCGUUCUGAAACAAGCCCACUGCUCCCCCAGCUUAAAACAAACAUGGCCGUAACCGCCGAGGGGCCAAGGGCUGGUUCUGUCUGUAUGGGUCUGAUCCGGCUUUCAUUCACCUCAAGCAGCAGCAUCGUCUCGGCCCGAAUGGGCCUCAUCCAGCAGGGCCCGAGGGAAGGACCUGAUGUAAGACAAGCAUCACCCUCGCUGGAUUUUGAGUGGAGAAAAAAAGGCGUUUUGAUUUGCAGUGUCCAGGCAGUAAAGGAGAUGUUUGCAGACCUUGUCAGGGGGACAGGCUGAGGCAUAGCUCAGUGUGGGCCUUUGGUCUGACGCGUGUCAUUCUCCGUGAGGAUCACUCAUGUGCGGUGACAUGGGGCUGCCUGUCUGCCGUGUCUGGCCGAUGGUGAACCUACAGCAGUACAGCUGAAAUGAACAGUGGCCAAAAUAGACCAUUAUUUUCUUUUAUUGUUAUGUGACAUACAUGAUGACCUCCUCGCAUUAAAGUAACAGUAAUUCCAAUAGGUUCUCGCUGCAGGUGCACAAGAUAUAUAUAUAUAUAUAAGCAAUUAUUUUGUUUUCUUGUGGGAAAAAAACGUGAAAUAACGGUGACCCUCAACCUUUACAUUCAAGCAACAUUACAGUAUUGUCUCCUGUACUGCAUGGAGAUCCCCGAAGGUUCUCUGUCAGAUCUAUCCCUGUCCACUGGGCUUAAAUCCAUGUAGGAAGACACAUCCAAUCUUUGUAGAUGACUUGUUCCCUCAUUGGCAUUUCAUCACCAUUAUUGUGUGAAACAAUUACAGGAAAAUGACAUGGGGGACUUUUUCGGCGUAUUACCCUACACUGUUAAAGGUUAUCUGGUUCUCUGGUACUCUGACGUGUGCCCUGUUCGGUAGAGGUUCAUUUUUGCGGUGGCAUGGAGAUGAUAAAUGUUUACGCCAAAGUUGUGCCAUAACAAUUGCUUCUGAUAUCAUGGACCCUGCCUUUUGUACAGAGCUGAAUAGUGCCUGGAUGUAUGAAGGACAGGUACAGUACUGGGCCUUUUAAUAAUUUAACUGAUAAGUGUGUUGCAUUUUAAUACAUAAAUUCUUCCCUUGGAGUGGCAAUACAGUGUUAGCAGCUGUCCCCCCUCCCCCCCCCCAUGUACAUUUUAAUUAAAACGUACUGUACAUUUUUUUCCACAUUUCAUAAAUUCAUUAUUCAAUGCCCUUAUUUUAAGAUCGGCUUUUGUUUGCUAAUCAGAUCAAAGCUGCUAAUCAAAUAAUCCAAUUUGACUUCUGCCCUUUUACUAGAAUUCGAUGUUUACAGAAGGCGUUUCAUCUUACGUGUCUUUCUGCGAGGGUCUAACAGCUUAAUCCUUCAUGGAAUCGGCACCUUCCAGGAACUCACAGGUUUCCUUAAACACUGUGUCAUGUGUCUUUGUGGUUCCACUGAGGCCCGAGUCCACUGAAAGGGCCGAGCAGUGAGGAGAAAACUUACAAUACAAUAACGUUCAGUUAUGCUUUACAUUAACUACACCUUCAUAAUGCCUUUAUAAUGCAUUUCUAUAACAUUCAUAAGUAGCAUGUACAUAUACCUUAACUUUAACAGCUUUAAUAUGCAUUAAUAACAAAUAUUAUAUAUGAUUAUAAUGUUUGUUAUUAAUGUAUAUCACAGCUGGAACAUCUUGUUCAUUAGAAGUAUUAUGAAUGGAGACCAUGAGAACUUAAGGUAUCCCUGCUUGCUGCUUUUGAAUGCUAUGCAAAUGCAUUUUGAUGUCCAAUGGCUAUUCUAUGAAUGCAUAGUAAAUGCAUUCUGAAGGUGCAACUAAUAUAAAACAUUACCUAAUGUCCUGUAUCCAUUUGGGCUUCACACCUGUGUAGAGUUGAUACUCAUGUCUCUGCUAUAUCUCUACUUGUUAUGACUGUCCAUCACUGUUGGACACUGCCAAAUAUAGAUCAGAUUACUCUCAGGCUCUGUCCCCUUUCUGUUGUACUGUCACGUUACUAAGACCCACAUCAACAUUAGCGCAACUUUGGUUCUAGAAACGAUCAGAUUAACGAUCAGCUGGGAAGCAAGAGAAAUCAACUUAGAGAAAAAUAGAGGUUGUUCAGAAUUAUUUUAGAACGAUUUUCAAAUAUGGGAUUUUAGGAUUGUGGUGCAAUUAAGGUAGUAGUAUUCCGCACAUAAUUGCUCACUAUUUUGUUAUAUAUACUUGGCUAGCUAGCCAUCAUGUUAGGCUAUGGAGUACCAUCUAAACGGUGAUGCCAUCACCCAAAAUGAUGGGCAUUCAUAAACAUAGCCCUUGAUGGGAGGUAGGAAUUGCAAUGCCCAGGCAGAAGUAGUGUUUUCUGAAAUCUAAACUACACCCAAGGCCCUUCAUGACUGCUGAAAUGCUAACAACGAUGUCUGUCCUGUGUGCCCAUAACAACGUGUGCCAAAAGUAUGCAGAUGAUUGAUUAAGUAAACAGGAGAUACGCAUUUGCCUUGCCGUCACUGUUACGGGAAGAAACACAGAGUAGCAAACACUGCCUUUUUCUUUUGAGGUUGUAGUCCUGGAAACGAUGCUUCAAGUUGGAAGCACACAGCCCCACUUAAGUCAUUCAUGUUGCUUUCACGCUUUUAGUCUUGCAGAAUAUUCUUGCUGUAUAUUUCAUUUCAGCUCAGGAAAGGUGAGCUUCCCCCAUUUCGUAAUAUCCACCAGACCUAAGUGAGUGGCUUGUAUGCCUUCUACAAAGUAGUGUUUUCCUGUCUAUACCAACACUGCAUACAAAUGCACUUCGCAUUAAUGUGACAGAUUGCUGGUGUGCACGAGACAGCGCAUCUCACUGCCAGCAGGGGGAGUCAGACAAGAAGAUCAGCUUCUUAAGGGAUGCUGAUCAUCAAUGGAGCAUCACCACUAGUGCUUAUUAUUAACUUAUAAGUGCAAUGCUGUAUCCCUGUGCUUAUUGUAUACUGUAUUUUGCAUACUGUAUCAAAAGGAAAACAACCUCAAAACUAUAUAUUUCAAACAAACGUACACAACAAACGCGCAGCCAUUUAUCAAAGAACAUUCAAAUGAAGAUAAAACUGUGGACAAAGUCAGUCUGAGCCCAUAUUCCAGCUCUCGCUGUUGAGCAUGUGCACAUGGUGAGAGCCAACCAGAGCCCAGCAGAGGAGUAACUAGUGACAUCACAGAGCAUCGCUCCGAUUGGUGGGCAGGACUCACCAGCAGCCAAUAAGAUCAGAUUAUUGACAAAACCUCUGGAUACCCUCUUCAGAAUUCCCAACAAAAGCUUGUCUGGGCUUUGAUGCGACAGAACGACAUUUCAGAAACCAGCAGUGUGGGGAAAGACCUAAGGAAACAUUUUGAACAUAUGAAAUUAUUCUUAAAUUGUCAAGUUCUAGCAUUGUUGAGAAAAUUAGAUUAGUCCUUACAAUAUUUAAGUGUACAUUUUGUGUUCUUCUGAGGAGUGAAAAAGAGAAAUACUGUAAAAAGGUAAAAAAAAAAAAAAAAAAAAGGAAAAAAAGCACUGGCUGUUUCUACACAAUCUUGUAUACAACUGCUGGUUUUGUAAUGCCCUGUAGAACAGCCCAGCCCUGUUCCUUUUUAUGUGAGUUUGAUUUCCAUGGUGCAUCUUUUUGAUAAAUAAAGUUUUUGAUACAAAA